UAUUAUUGUUUGUGAUAUACAUUAACCAUUUAUAUAUAUAUUUUCAUCAAUUAUGUUUAAAUCACUCAUAGUUUCGUUGCUGUUUGUCGUCUACUGUAACGCUGGCGGAUAUGGAGGCGGCGGUUACGGUGGUGGCGGACGAGGAGGCGGUGGAUACGGUGGCGGAGGAUAUGGUGGCGGCGGAUACGGUGGCGGAGGAUUUGGCGGCGGUUUUGGCGGCGGAUUUGGAGGCGGAUUUUCCAGCGGCGGUGGCGGCGGCGGCGGUAUAGUACCGGCCGCUAUCAUAUCCAGACAUCGUAUCGACUAUCGUGACGUACCGUCCCAGGGAUCGGUCAAUCCGACUACCAUUGAAGUGGGAGCUUCGGCCGUACCGCUGAACAUACUGUUCCGAUCGUCGUCGUCGCACAUCAACGUACAACAGGCUCACGAAGGAGGCGGUGGCGGCAGUCAACAGAGCCAGUCAGUCGACGAACCGCAUCAUCUGUUCCACGAAGUAAACAAACCUAUCAUUCAAGAGGUCAGGGAAGUGAUUACACCCUACAGACGUAUCGUCCAGGAGAUCAAUCCCGUCCAGGAAGACAUCCAGACUAUUGUCGCCCGAGGAACGGGUGGCGGUGUUGGUGUUGGCGGCGGCGGAUUCGGUGGUGGAUUCGGUGGCGGAUGCGGUGGCGCCGGAGGUGCCGCUGGUUUUGGCGGUAAAGGUUGCGGCGGCGGCGGUUACGGUGGCGGCUAUGGAGGUGUCAGCCGAUCUCAUGGUGGCGGCGGUUAUGGAGGCGGCGGUAAAAAGGCUUAUUAA